GUAUGAGGUGUCAGUUGGAGGGAUUUACGGGGGGCUCAGCUCCGUCCGAAAAUGAGUUCGUAUAAUAGAGAGAGAGGAAGCUUCUUCCUCCACGCUCAUAUAUAUCCUGCUAGCACAGUGCAGCUCGUGCCGGACGAGAAAGAAGGACGGAGGGAGAGGCAAUUGGGUCCCAGGAGCUGAAUCUGAACGGAACACUCUGAAACGCCCACAUCCUGGCUGCUCAAAAUCCUCCAUAUAAUCCUGACAUCGAAUUUGAGCAACUUCGGCGCAAAUUCUCGGAGACAUGGGCGAAAUUCCCGAACCAGAGGUUCCCAAGCCCACGCCGGAGCCAUCGACGUGGCUCAGCAUGAGAGUCUUCUACCUGCGGCUGAGCAGGUGCGAGGUGGACGAGUCCAUGCUGGACUCCCUGACCAUCACCCACGCCCCGCUCACCUCCGACACCGUCCUGGAAGUGAACGGCGAGAGGCCAAGAAGCACCGACAACCACCACGGCCACGUCUCGUGCCCCCUCCGCAGGGACCGCGUGGACGCGGCGUCGCGGGAGGCCUCCUUCGUCAGCACGGCGACCGUGAGGAUGGCCGGGAGCGUGCGCUUCGAGGUCCGCGUCGGCGGCCGCGAGAGGCUCCUCGUGGGGAUCAUGGAGAUGUGCGACGUGGCGGAGGAGAAGAAGGGGUGGGUCAUGAAGUGCCAGGUCGCCAUGCAGCGGUGCUCAGGGUUCGUGAAAGGCGGCGGGGAGGAGGGCGCCAAGUCGCCCAUGGUCGAGGUGUACGUGGCGAGCCUGUUCCGGGGCAGCCCGGUCGUGUUCACCAAGGCGAUGAAGCUGCGGCUCAGGAGGACGCGCCAGGUCAAGGCGCCUUUCAUGGAGCCCAUCCCCGAGUGCGGCGAGCACGCCGACGACGACGCGAAAGAAACGCCGCCUGACCAGAAGCAUGAUCCACAGGAAUCGGAGUACAGGUGCUACAGGCCGGAGCCGGGCAUGGACGACGUCGACUACGACAGCUUGUACACGAGAUCGGCGGGCCUGGACGGCGAGGACAGCGAGCUCUCGUGGUUCACCGCCGGCGUCAGAGUGGGCGUGGGCAUCAGCCUGGGCAUCUUCCUCGGCGUCGGCAUCGGCGCUGGACUCCUGGCCCGUUCCUACCAGUCCACCUCCAGGAGUAUGAGGCGGCGGCUCAUCUCCGGCCUGCUCUGACUCUGAACGGUAGCAUUGCAGCAUGUCACAGAGCCAGGGCACAGCAACUCUGCUUCUCGCCAGACGUGACGCGCCUGAGAUUACUCUGCUGGAUGUGUUUGUAGAUCCUCUUGCCUGUUACUGCUCUCUCCGUCCGAAAAAACUUCUCCUUCGUAUGGAUGUAUCUAGCGUCAGUGCUAGAUACAUCUAUUUAAAAAACAAGAUUAGGACAAGCUUUUCCGCACGGAGGAAGUACUAUAUAGAAGCAUGCUGCAGUUAA